UUUAAAGUGUCGGAUGUUACCAUAUGCUAACGAGGCAAAAUUAUGACCCAAUAUGGUCUAAGCCCUCGUAAGCGACCACAUCCCGUAGGCAACCAGGUCGCUUUUAGGAGGUUACAAAGUGCAAUAUAAUGUUGUUUUGAGCCAACUAGUUUUUUCGUUUUUACUCCAGACUCAAUCCAAGUCAAGUUCUGAAUGCCAAGCGAAUUACCAUCAAAGCUGCAGAUGAAAUAUUCAGAAAAUAUGGUGGUCUACCAAGACUUCAAAGUGACUCAAUGUGUAUUAACUGUGUCAAAGAACAAUGCAGAAGAAUACGUUUCGAAUCCAGACUGGCUGAAGAUUACAAGUUUGUGUCCGAUACUUUGAAGUCUCAAACAUCACUCAGUGACAAGUUCUUUUGGGUUGGUCGGCGGUCACUUCUGAGAUGGAAAGCUUUAGCAAUCCAUCAUGAAGAGGCGCGCCAGAGUUUGAUGGACAGAUGUCAAGUUACAGCCAAUUACGACGCGGAGGAAGAUGAUGAAGUUAAGGUCAAAGGAAUUGAAGAUCAUGAUGUUAGCAUGACGGAAGAAGAGAAGGCACCUCAGCAGAUGGACGAGAAUCCACAGGAGAUUGGUGCUGAGGAGGACGAAGAUGACAGCGAUUCUAAGUUCAACGAAGACUUGCUUUGCGAGCACGGAGACCUUUCUUCGGACGAGUCUUGCCGGAGGCUUGUACCAGAUGUCGUGUGGCAGAGGUUAAAGUACUACUUUUCUUGCGCACCCGAGUUUCAAGCUGUUCACCCAGUGUGCAGGUCGUGCCAGGCAGAAGACGAGGAAGAACGACAGAAGAAUGAGACGUACAAAUUGCUCGCAUCAGAGCAGAGAGCUGCUGUUAGUCAACUGUAUCUCGACAGGAAUCGGCCGUCACUUGAUAACGACGAUCCAUUCGUUGCCUGUGCCAUUUCAAAAAGUUUUCUUGAUCAGUGGAGGCAAUUCUUAAGGUACCCCGCAAGGAAUGUCCCACCGGACAGUAUCGUCAAUGCCCCUCUGCUGUGUCCCCAUGAAAAGUUCCUCUUCAAUCCGGAGUGUGAUGACGACAUGGAUGGUGCGAAUGAAGAGUUAUGUUAUGUCUGGCAACACGAGUGGAACACACUUACCCAAACCUACCCUUACGAUCACGUGAUCACGGUUACCAAAAGUGUAACAGAAGACGACGUGAGAGAACUGGUGACUAGUCCCGACGUGUGCACGGAAUGCUGCUAUGCGCGGAUACAGGAACGAGCACAGCACGUGGAGAAUUAUCGUUAUGGAACAAUCUACGUGCGCAAAAUAACAAAGGAUCACACCGAGAAGGACAUACAGCAAGCCUUGAAUGAUAGUACCUCGAGCAAAGAUGUCUAUUCGUUCGAUCCAGAUUUCCAGACACCACCGAACAAUAAGAAACCAAAGCUGAAUCGUGAUAGUCGAGCCCGUCGAAGUUCCAGGCACCGUAAACAGCGCGGAGAAGUCUCACUGACUGUUGGAUCAACCGAGACUUUACGAGAUGUCAAAUUACAGGUAACAAUCGUGAACUUCUGUUUUGUGGCAUCGACAUGUUAUUUCUCAACUAACAAUAGCAAGGCAAUGUCAAACAGACAGGUGAUGAGAAUAAAGAAAUUCAUCAACUGCUCGUCCGCGGAAUUUUGUGACAAAAACGAAACAUAACUCAAUCAGUGAGGAACAUUCUUUAUCUUUUUUUUGUUAUGUGGUAUAAUAUCUACAACCGCAUAACUCCAUCAUGCUUGGAACAUAUAAUCCAAAGGAAAGAGUCUAAGGAUGACCUCCGUCAUCAACAUCGUGUUGACAUACAACGUUUUGAAACUUAUUAUAUGAAAAACUCUAUUUCUCACAGAGGAUCCAUUGUUUGGAAUAUUUUAGAACCAUCCGCUGCCAGCGCUA